AUGGGGUCUUCAGGUCGUCACAGUCAUACACACAUUGACAUUACCCACAUCUCUCGCUCUCCUUCCCCCGGCUCGCAAGACGACGAGCUCCACGAAACCGGUGUCCAGGUCUCAGCGGGCGUCUCCCCCCAAUAUUCAGUCAUUCAGCCGACACAGAGUCAGAGCGGCUCCUCCUCACACCACGGUGAUUUUGUCCAAGUGCUAUAUCCGAACGAAAUUCCGGAGCCCGAUGGCUCGGAUUCCGCCUCGAGAAUAGAUCACCACGAAAGAGUACCACAAUACGAGUCUCGAUCCAAUUCAGCAAGACGACAGGCGGCACACCGUCAGCAGGCUAUUCGUGAGCCUGCUCGCAGUCGCACCCGAGCAUUGCAAGACACAUCCCCGACGGAGAGCGGGGACUCGACCGAGGAGUUCCUUGCCAGGCCAGACCUGGGCUCUCACAUGCCUCGUCCUCAAUCAUACUAUGGGCCCAACGGGUAUACUCACAGCAGUUCGUCAGCUUCAUACCCAUAUCCUCCUGUGCCACAUCCCGCAAAUCAAGUGAUUGCACUUCAACCACAACCAAUGGCUAUGCCAUACCCCCCUACCUACCCCCAGAGCCAGCCCGUGCCAUAUCCUCCUCAUACGGCGUACCCAGGAGGCUUCAGUCACCAUGCUCCUUCUCAAGUCAGCGCUCCAUACACGUCAUCCCCUUAUGGCCCUGCGACGAUCGUCAACUAUGGUGCUCCACCGCCGCCUGCCAGCUACUAUUCUCCUCAAUAUCCUCCUCCCUUUGGUGGCCAGCAGUACCCGCCACACUACAUGCAGUACCCUCAACAAAUGCCGUACCCAUACUAUGCUCCGCCAAUGGCGCCUUCCCCACAGCCAGUUUCCGCAAGUGCGUCUGCCGAAAAGCUCGAAACGAAGAACGACGAUGACCUUGUCAGACGUCUCAAGGAUUUGAUGAAAGAAGAUCAGCUUGCCAAAGAUGCGGAAGCAGCCUCAAUUGCGGAGCAAGAAAGUCGUCUUCAGGCACUGAGGCAGGUGGAAGAGAAAGUUCGACAAGCUGAGGAGAAAGCCCGACAGGCCGAGGAAAAAGCGCGACAAGAUGAGAGGGCACGACAGGAUGCCCUGGUCCAGGCGGAGGAAAAAGUUCGCCAAGCCGAAGAGAAGGCUCGACUAGAUGCAAUACGUCAAGCCGAAGAGAAAGCACGGCAAGAUGCCCUCCGUGCGGAAGAAGAGAAACGAAUUCGAGAACAGGCUUUGCUUCAGGCAGCUGAAAAGGCCCGAGCAGAAGCCACAGCCGCAGCUGCACGUAUGGAAGAAGAGCGGCGGAUUCGAGAGGAAGCUGUGCGGGCAGCAGAGGCGAAGGCGCGCGCCGAAGCCGCAGCCGAGGCCGAACGCAGGGCCGCAGAGAAACGAAUCCGAGAAGAAGCGAGACAGGAAGCAAUUCGGGCUUACGAGGAGCAGGUCCGAGCGGCGGCGGAACAGGCUGCGAGAGAGCAGCAGAUUCGCAAAGAGGCUGCUGAGGCGGCUCUAAAGGCGGCUGCGGAAGAGGCAGCUGCGAGAGCAGAAAAGGCCGCAGCCGAGAAGAAGAUUGCAGAUGACGCUGCAGCGGCCGCGAAGAGCGCCAUCGAAAAGGAGGCCGCAGAGGCUGCGGCGGCUGCUAGGGAGGAGGCAAAAAGGCUAAAGGAAGAAGCCGAAGCGAAGCUCAAGGAGGCUGAAGAAGCAGCCGCCAAAGCAAAGGCAGAGGCUGAAGAGGCGGAAAAGAAGGCCGCGGCUGCGAGAGGGCCGGAGAAAAAGGCUCCUGUUAGAUUCAAAGAUGCGAUCGGGCGCAACUACAAUUUCCCCUGGGAUCGAUGUUGCAAGUGGAGGGACAUGGAAAAUCUGAUCGUCCAAGCAUUUGCACACAUCGAAAACCUGGCAGAACAUGUGUCUGCCGGCCGUUACGACCUGAUCGGGCCUGACAAGGAGAUCAUCAUGCCCAACUAUUGGGAAUCCACCAUUGAGCCAGACAUGCAUAUCACAAUGAUGCUGUGGCCCAUUCCGGAGCCCAAGGAGAUAAUAGAGGAACCGCUACCACCGCCGCCUCCAGAGAUCUUAGAGGACACGAUUAUAAAUUUGGAUGAAAUCAUCAACCCAAAGAAGGAGAGAAAAGGCCCCAAGAAGAAGAAACCGACCGGAGGCAUCGCUGGCUGGAUGCUGGGAGGGGCAGGGGGUCGGCCAUCGCGGCCUUUAAAAGGUGAUAAAAAGCCUGAUGUGGCCGCUAAAUCUCAGCACGGUGCCACUGACGACAACGCCGCUGACGAGCCUGGCGAUGCGAAACCGAUUGCGCCCCAUCCGGUGACCAUCGACACAAUGUCAACCAGGGUGUUGAUCCAUGAUUACCCUCAUCGGACAGUAGCCCUUGCAACCGAGGAGCACGUCCUAGUAUUUCGCCAUUCCCACGCUGCACCGGAAAGUGGCAGAGCCUCAAUCUCGAGCUCGACUAGCCUCCCACUGGCUAAUGCGAGUCGGUCCAACGUAACACCCAGAUGUAUGGUCGAGUUCGGAGACAAAUCCCUCAUCAACCUCGAGCAUUUUCAUCCCGUCACUACCGCAAAGGGCACCUUGGGCCUUAUCACCCUCAAUAACGAUGUCUUCCUUUGCGUGAUCACAGGCUCGGAAGAGGUGGCCACUGUAAGGCCAGGCGAGACCGUUCAGAAGAUCUUCGCCGUGGAGUUUUACUGCCUCAACCGUGCAGACUACGACCAUGCCCAUGGGCCCUAUCCUAACCCGUACCCUGGGCAAGUCUUCCAGUCGGACGAUGUCGAUUACACUCAAGGAGACGAUGUCUCCGAGCAUCCCUUUCACGCGCUGAAGAAGCUCCUAAGCAACGGAAACUUCUACUACAGUGCUGAUUUUGAUCUUACACGACGGCUACAGGAUCGUGCCGAGGCAGAAAACACCGUUGACAUUUCCGGUCUCGACGAAGGUCUCCUUUGGAACUCGUACAUGAUUGAUCCGCUGGUUAAAUUCAGGAGCAGGCUUACCGACCUCGAACGAAAUGCCCUUGACCGUUCUGGCCUCCUCACUUCUGUAAUUCGAGGCUUUGUCAAAAGUCUACCGAUCCCAGCUUCUUCCUCCCCAAUCCGGGGAACUGUCCCUGGUCCACCUACGACCCUGACCAUCAUCUCAAGGUUGUCGUCUAGAAGGGCUGGAACACGGUUCAAUUCUCGAGGCAUUGACGACGAUGGUAAUGUUGCCAAUUUUGUCGAGACCGAGACAGUCUUCUGGUCUCCCACUGGCCUCUGCUUCUCAUACACCCAAGUGCGAGGCAGCAUACCGAUAUUCUGGGAAAGCUCGAGUAGUUUAAUACCUGGCCAACAAAAGAUCCAGAUAACUCGCUCGCCAGAGGCCACGCAGCCAGCGUUUGACAAGCAUUUCGCAACCUUGGAGAGAACGUAUGGUGCAGUGCACAUUGUGAAUUUGCUUAGCGCAUCAAAACCGGGCGAGGUCGAACUGACAGAGAGGUACCGCUAUCAUGUGGGUCGAAGCCCACUGCGGCGACAUGAGGAAGGUGAAGUCGAGGAACACCAUUUGCUCCACGAGACGGAAUUUGAUUUUCACGAACGGACCCGUGGACCUACUGGGUACGAAGCGGCAAAAGCGAUUCGACCUUAUUUGGACGCAAGCGCAGAGUCGUUUGUUUACUUUCUCUCAGAGGAGAUCGAGGAGGUCGCCGUCGAGCAGGGGAGACGGAAGCUUGUCCGAAGGCCCAUUGUCAUUAUGCAGCAGAACGGCAUCUUCCGUGUCAAUUGUCUGGACUGCUUAGAUCGGACAAACCUGAUCCAGGGCCUAAUAAGCCAGAUGGCACUGGAGUUGUUUCUGUCGCACCGCGAUGAACGAGGCAAUUCCGACUUUUGGAUGCGUCAUUCUGCAUUAUGGGCCGACAAUGGAGAUGUUUUGUCCAGAAUAUAUGCCGGGACUGGAGCGUUGAAGAGUUCAUUCACAAGGCACGGCAAGAUGAGUUUGGCGGGUGCUCUGGCGGAUGCCCGGAAGAGUGCUACUCGCCUCUAUGUCAAUCACUUCGAGGACAAGAACAGGCAAAACACUGUCGACCUAUUACUCGGCAGGUUGGUUGGACAGACGAGUGUCGACCUCUUCGACCCUAUCAACGACUGGGUGGUUGCAGAAGUUGUCAGACGAAGGGCCGAGUUUGAGUCCCGAGAUCAGCUCAGGCUCGGGAUGGGAACAUUCAACCUGAAUGGCAAGACAACAGGAAUUCAUGAGGACUUGACACCUUGGCUGGAUGUCCGCGGAAAAAAUCUGGAUAUCGUGGUGGUUGGGUUUCAGGAGAUAGUCGAGCUGAGCCCGCAGCAAAUUAUGAGCACAGACCCCAAUCGUCGGAUGCUGUGGGAAAGAGCAGUCCGAAACUGCCUCAAUGGCCAUGGCCCCGACGAGAAGUUUGAGGGUGUACCCACAAAAGGCGAUGAAUAUGUUCUUUUGAGGAGCGGGCAAUUGGUGGGAGCUGCAUUGAUGGUCUUUGUCCGUGCAAGCAUUCUGGGUCGAAUCAAGAAUGUGGAGGGUGCCAUCAAGAAAACGGGCAUGAGCGGGAUUGCCGGGAACAAAGGUGCCGUCGCCAUCAGGAUGGAUAUUGAGAGCACGUCUGUGUGUUUUGUCACUGCUCACUUGGCCGCCGGGUUCGCCAACUAUGAGGAGCGAAAUCGAGAUUACAACACCAUUACCUCUGGCCUGAGGUUCCAGCGCAACCGAAGCAUCGAGGACCACGAGAUCAUCGUCUGGGCUGGGGACUUCAACUAUCGAAUCGGUCUGGGUUACGAGCGAGUCAAAGCCCUUGUCAACGAAGCGAUGAUUGGUUCGGAAAAGAUCAGGGAAGACGCAUUGGGAAAGCUUUACGAGAACGACCAACUAAACAUCCAAAUGGUGGUGGGGAAUUGCUUCAACUAUUAUCGCGAAGGACGGGUAAAAUUUCUGCCCACGUACAAGUACGAUAUUGGCAAAGACGAGUUCGACUCGAGUGACAAGCAGCGAAUACCUGCUUGGACCGACCGGAUUCUCUGGAAGGUCAACCACACCCGCAAUGUGGUCCAGGCUGGAGAGGUUCUUGGCUCGCAGAUGAAGCAAUUGGAAUAUGACAGCGUCAUGGGCCUGAGGUUCAGCGAUCACAGGCCCGUGUACGCCAUAUUUGACGUGGGGAUCCGGGUGGUAGACAAGGAGAAGAAGGAUACCUUGACCAAAAAGCUGUAUUCGAAGAGGGCGAAAGAAAUGAAAAGCAAAGCCGGAGAUUCCACAGAGGGGCUGGAUGACCUGGAAACCGAUGACGAGACCGACAGUGUCAUGGAGAGUCUGAUGGGAUACGAGAGCAUCCAGGAAGGGCUUCCUCCGGCCAGCAGCGACAAACGAAAGUGGUGGUUGGAUGGGAACAGAGCUGCGAGAAGCACAAUUCGGCCACCAAAGGAAGGCAUGAUGUUGAGCGGUAAUCGUGAAGGUAACCCAUGGAGGGAGGGUGGGGAGGACGACUGGGUCGAGGUCGAGCGACCACCUAUCAUGGACAACAACAACAACAACAACAAGCAAGGCAACAGACUGGGGAACAGGAGGCCAGAACCACCGCCACCGAGAACGGUGAAGAGAAUGGUUCCGCCACCCUGGGAGGGAGAACGAGCUACAACGCCUUCCACCGCCGCGGCGGAGAUGAAGGCCCUUCGACGUCCGACGCCCCCUACACCACGCGGCGGUUCGGCUUCUCGGAACAGGGCUUCCAGCGCCACGACCUCUCCCAUACGGUCGGCCAUGUCGUCGGCGAGCGAUCUAGCCAACAUCCCGGCGCGGUCCUCGUCGGCGGCGGGAUUCCCCAAGAAACGGCCGCCGCCCAAACCCACGAAGCCGUCGGCUCUCACCACCUCGUCCAGCCAGGUCGCGGUUCCGCAACUGAGCCCCCUCCCCGCCCCGGUCAUGCCACGACUGGCGAGCGUCUCCCGGCCAGACGGUCCCGCCGGGCCUGGUGAAUAUGACGAGCGUCCUCCACCACUACCCCGACGUCAGGAGACGGCGAGUUCGACCGCCUCGUUCGUGAGCGCGGCUGAUUCUCUCGCCGCGGCGCCCAGCGCGAGGCUUCCACCGCCACCUCCACCAAUGAGGGUCUCGAAACUGCAGCAUCAGCAGACCCUGCGCCAUGACGGCGCGAACGAUCCUCCUGCACCGCCGCUGCCCCCGAGGAGGGACACAGCCCGCGGCAGUAUCGGUAGUACUGGUAGUAAUGGCAGCGGCGGCAACAACAACGACAACGGCCCGGCUUUGCCCACGAGGAAAAGACCCGACAAUCCGGAUGCCAACACGGAUGCCAAUGCGAAUGGAGACCUCAUGGACGAGGAUGACGGAUCCGGCGCGAGCAGGUUGGAGAGGUAUAAGCCGCUCAUGCCCAGUUGA